GACAGCAGAUGUUCCACCAAUGGGACACUCUGUCUCUGCACACUUUAUCUGAACUCGUCCCACUCUUUCUCUCUUUUUUCCUCCUCCGCGUAGGCGUGCGGUUGCCUUACAAAAAAGUUAUUUGAGGAAGAAAAAAGAAGGAAAGGAAGAACAAGGAGAAGAAGAAGAAGAAGAAGAAGGUGGAAAAAAAAGGGGGGGGAGGUAAAAAAAAAGUGGGCAACUACUUUCAAACCGUCCCGGUUCUUACCGGGGAGUUUGUCGUCAUCAGUAACCCCAGAUAUCCCCCCCAUUUCGGUCCCUAAAUGGAUGGAUCAGCGUGGGUCCUGCAGUCCAGCGCAGGCCGGGAGCUUGGAAGCAGCUUGUGAAUGUCCGUCAGUUUGGCGUCUAGACGGCAGCGCUCACAAAUGCCCAGCUGCCUCGCUGGAACUCAACUCUGAGAGGACUUUACUCCUGCAGUUGGGCUUUUUUUUUUCAGGAGGAAGAACUCUUUUUUUUUUUUUUUUUUCCUCCUCCUAUUUUUUUUGUGUGCAAAAGUUUACAGCAGAAAAGGAAAGCUUAGCGCUGCAGAGUUCUGCAGCUCUCACGGUACAUCCCUCACUAUGGACUGUAUGCAUUUAUUGAUGUGCUUUUCACUCACUUUAGUAUUUUUGGAGCAUAUUUUCGCUGCAGAGAGACGUGAAAAACUCUCUGGAAAGUUAAGUGAAUAUGGUCUUAUCGUGCCAUUCAGCACAGACUCCCAUGGCCGGUACAUUUCUCACGUGGUUUCUGCUGGAAGUGGAAGUAAAAGUGCUGCUGCAGCCGGUGCCGGUGCUGCCGGUGCUGCUGUCUCCACCUUUGGCAGCAGGAGACGGGUGGCCCGCAGUGCCCCCGACAUGCCCUCCGUCACCCCUCCGGCAGCUCAGCACUUGUUUUUCAACGUCACCGUGUUCGGGAAGGAACUUCAUCUCCGCCUGAGGGCCAACCGGAGGCUGGUGGCCCCUGGGGCAUUUGUGGAAUGGCAGGAGGACUUUGAAGAGAAGACCAAGGAGCGCAUCCAGGGGGACUGUGUUUUCACUGGGGAAGUAACUGACAUGCCAGAGGCCUCUGUGGCCAUCAGCAAUUGUGAUGGACUGGCAGGCCUGAUCCGGACUAAUAAUGGGGAGUAUUUCAUUGAACCCCUUGAGAAGGGCCAACAGAAUGUGGAAGCGAAGGGGCGAGUCCACGUGGUUUACCGCAGAUCAGCCCUCAAGCAGGAGACGGAGCAGCGAAGGGACGACUUCCACAAUGAAGUGGCAGACUUCGGCAUCGCAGACCUCCCUGCAGCUCUGGAUCUUGUUGAACAUAAACUUUCGGACUCUGAGCGCAAGAGGAGACACGCCAAGAAAGAUGACUACAACAUUGAGGUGCUGCUGGCUGUGGAUGACUCGGUGGUCCGCUUCCACGGCAAGGAGCAUGUGCAGAAUUACGUUCUCACCCUCAUGAACAUAGUUGAUGAAAUCUACCAUGAUGAAUCUUUGGGAACCAACAUUAACAUCGUCCUGGUUCGAAUGAUCAUGGUCGGGUACAGGCAGUCUAUAAGCCUGAUCGAGCGUGGCAACCCAUCUCGCAGCCUGGAGCAGGUGUGCCGAUGGGCCAACACGCAGCAGCGCCGCGACCCCGACCACGCCGAGUAUCACGACCACGCCAUCUUCCUCACAAGGCAAGAUUUUGGUCCCGCAGGUAUGCAAGGUUAUGCUCCGGUGACGGGGAUGUGCCACCCACUGAGAAGCUGCACCCUGAACCAUGAGGACGGUUUCUCCUCCGCCUUUGUGGUCGCUCAUGAAACUGGCCACGUGUUGGGUAUGGAGCAUGAUGGCCAGGGGAAUCGUUGCGCUGACGAGACCAGCAUGGGGAGCAUCAUGGCACCGCUUGUCCAAGCAGCUUUCCAUCGCUACCACUGGUCACGCUGCAGCAAACAGGAGCUCAACAGAUACAUCCAUUCUUAUGACUGCCUGCUGGAUGAUCCCUUUGAACAUAAGUGGCCCAAGCUUCCUGAGCUCCCUGGAAUAAAUUAUUCCAUGGAUGAGCAGUGCCGCUUUGACUUUGGUGUCGGUUAUAAAAUGUGUACCGCUUUUCGAACUUACGACCCUUGCAAGCAACUGUGGUGCAGCCACCCUGACAACCAGUACUUCUGUAAAACCAAGAAAGGUCCUCCGGUAGACGGGACAGAGUGUGCUCCAGGAAAGUGGUGCUUUAAGGGCCAUUGUAUCUGGAGGUCCAGCCAAGAGCCUCAGGGCCACGAUGGGAACUGGGGCUCAUGGUCGAAGUCUGGAUCGUGCUCCAGAACUUGCGGGGGUGGAAUUCGCUCCCGCAGCAGGCAGUGUGACAACCCUCCGCCUGCGUACGGAGGCCGAGACUGCCCUGGCUCGGCUUUUGACUACCAGAUGUGCAACACGGAGGAGUGUGCUGGCCCUUACGAGGACUUCCGAGCUCAGCAGUGCAUCCAAAGAAGCAACAAAUAUCACAAAAACAUCAAGCACACCUGGUUACCGUAUGAACACCCAGAUGAUGCCAGAAAAUGUGAGCUCAGCUGUAAGUCGAAGGAAACAGGUGAGGUGGUGUUCAUGAACCAGGUGGUGCAUGAUGGGACACGGUGCAGCUACUCCGAUCCUUUUAGCGUGUGUGCUCGAGGAGAGUGUCUGCACGUCGGCUGUGACAAGGAGGUUGGCUCUUACAAAGAGGAGGACAAAUGUGGCGUGUGUGAGGGUGACAACUCCCACUGCCGCACAGUGAAGCUGACUCUAACCAAGACUCCCAAAAAGAAUGGAAUGCUGAAAAUGUUUGAUAUCCCAAUGGGAGCGCGCCACAUAGUCAUCGAGGAAAAUGAGACCUCCCCUCAUAUAAUUGCUGUGAAGAAUCAAGUUACUGGGAACUUCAUAUUGAAUGAAAAAAGUGAAGAGGCUGAAUCAAAGACGUUCAUCGAAAAUGGCUUACAGUGGGAGUAUUCCAUCGAUGGUCAGAAGGAGACUUUGAAAACAACCGGCCCUCUGCAUGAAGGAAUCGUAGUUCUGGUCAUUCCUCAGGAAGAAGAUGUUAAAUUUAGCUUAACGUAUAAGUACAUAAUACACGAGGACCUGUUGCCGCUUAUUACCAAUAACAACGUGCUUCUUACUGAACUGGACACAUACGAGUGGGCGCUGAAGAGUUGGUCUCAGUGCUCCAAACCUUGUGGUGGAGGCAUACAGUACACAAAAUAUGGAUGCAGGAGGAAGAGUGACAGCCGUUUAGUACAUCGCAACUUUUGUGAAACCAGCAAAAAGCCUAAACCCAUCCGCAAACGCUGUAACGUGCAAGAGUGCGGUCAGCCAAAGUGGGUGGUGGAAGACUGGAGUCCCUGCAGUAGGACCUGUGGGAAGAUCAGCUACCAGACCAGGGUGGUGCAGUGCCUGCAGGAGCUCACCAACGGAACGAGCAGACCCGUCCACAGCAAGCACUGCACCGACGAUCGCCCAGAGACCAGGAGAGCCUGCAACCACACCGCAUGCCCUGCACAAUGGAGGACAGGAGCAUGGUCUCAGUGCUCGGUGACCUGCGGCGAAGGGAUUCAGCAAAGGCAAGUGGUUUGCAAGGCCAGCGACAACACCCUGGCAGAAUGCGAGGGCGAGAAGCCGGAAACAGUCCUCAUCUGCAACCCCAGUCCAUGUCCAGGAUUACCAUUGUCUUCCCUUACUGCUGACACGAUGGAAAAUGCAACGAUGAAAGAUGAAGCUGUGUACCAAAGGGCUCCAGAAAAUCCUAUUCAGAAAAUCUCUUCUAAUGAGCCGUGUCUGGGGGAUAAGUCGAUUUUUUGUCAAAUGGAGGUUCUUGCUCGUUACUGUUCCAUCCCUGGAUAUUAUAAGCUUUGUUGUGAAUCGUGCAACAAGAAAGAGAGCCUGGCCCCACUUGUUCCUGACUUCCACAACACCGAACCUGUGACCUCAACGCCUUCUCAUCCUGCCUCAACCGAGCUGCCGACCACAACUGCUGCUGAUGCUGCUGCUCAGGCCGUGCCACCGGAUGCUGCUCCCCUCCAGCAUCCCACCAGCCAUCCCUUCCCCACUUCAGGGGAGAGAGAUCCUGACGUGGAGCCUCGUCUACCUCCAGGGCCACCGCGGCCCACUGCAGACUCCAGCGGAGGUGCCUUUCGAGAGCACAGUCCAAACAGCACUUUAGGCCCAGUUACUGCCAAGUCAAGAAGGGACAAUUUAGGAUCUGAGAGGGAUUCAAGUCACAGAACCCUGUCAGCUCGGAAAUGAAGAGUGAGCAUUCUUGUGAAGAUGCUGCGCGGUGAGACUGUCUCAAACAUCAGCUCACUCUCUGCAGUUUUUGAUUCACUCUAAGUGUGGCUGCAGUUACAUUCUUGUUUUUUUUUUAUAGUUUGAUGUUUUCUCCAUGAAAGUGAACUCUGAGAAGCCCAGUGAUGGUUACCUCAUCAAAACUCCAGCAAUGCGUGUGCAGCAUCUGCACACGCUCUGCCGUCUGUGCUUCUAAUACGAAAUGGGAGGAAGAAAAAAAAAAAGAGUUGUCAAAACAAAGGUGCUGUAAACUAAACCGACUACAAGACAUGUUCAAAAUGUGAUGACUGCAUUGCUACAUUCAUGUUUUUAUCUGUGUACAGUUGAGUAAGCCUGUUUUUUUCAAGUGCAUUAGAACUACUAUUGAACUUGUAUUGUGAACGUAGAGGUGCAUUUAUCCGCUAUGGAUUCAUGAGCGUGCCACCAGACUAAUUAUUGACCUUUGCAGUGUUGCACUGCUAAAUUUGCAAAUUAGAUUAAAAAAAAAUGUAUGACUCGUUAAAUAUCAAUUUAACAAUUUUUUUUUUUUUUUAAAUGAGGUACAAAUUAAUUUAUUAUAAAGAAAAUAUAAAAAUGCAAAAGACAAACUUAUCUCUGGUGCAGGCUUUUCUUUCUUUGCUUAAUGAAAUCACUAUGUGACACAUUUGCAGAAUUCCAGACAACAAUAGGCCAAUUAGUGAGCCAGUCACGGGUGGGAGGUCUGCCGUAGUUUUAUAAAGCUUCAAAUGUGUCACCAUUACCAGGAAUGGCCCCACAAGGUUUUUCAAGGACUUCUGCAAGGCUAAAAUGUGUCUUGGGCUUUUACAAUCCUUUUUGGGCAAGAAAUCACAUUGAUACAGCAAAACAAACAUGGCAUCCAUCGCAACUCCUUCAAUAGCGUUGUCCUUAUGGUUUCUUUUUCUCUUAUUUAUUGACUGUUGGCAUACAGCAAAAGUAGUGCACUCCCUCCACCAAGUGGUAAGGAGUGGUAGUUUGCUAAUGUGGGAGUUAUAGUGCAUGUGCAAGCUGACAGCCGUGGGAGAUGAGGAUGUUCCCUUGUUCACAGCACAGUCCGAUGAAAACCUAAAAAAUUGUGAGAUUCCGUCAAAAUCAAGAGGUCGUCUGACACAACUUCCCAUGAAACAGGUCAUUCAUCUUUGUGUGUCUGUGCUGGUCAGCACAUGCUCAAAUGAUGUCCCCGACCUGGCCAUGUGGUCUUAAAAAUAAUUGUGUGCACCAGAUCAAACCAGCUUUUGUUUUUCAGCCUCCAUUCUUGCGCUUUCACAAACCAAGAUACUAGCUUAGCUCAGUGGAUCCUAUCAGGCUCCUCACUGGGGUGGAGACAUAAUCUCUGAAAGGAGCAUGGAGGAGGUUCCAGAUCCUUCGUAAGAGAAAGACAGACACUAAAACAAAGUGUUAAAGAUAGAAGGUCACAAACAUUUGCCACAAUGUUCUACAUAGAAAGACAUUUGUUUUUGAUAAACUACAGGAUAAUUCCCUAUGACAACAGACCUCCAAAAGGAAAAUGUGAACCCAUACUUGAGCAUAAUACCAUGAUUUUAAAUUUGUCAUUUUUAGGUUUUAAAGGAGCUUGAGGCUGGAUUGAGGCAGGAUUUAUGAAAAAAAUUCGU